CUUUUCCUCACAUCCCAUUGAUAUGCGUAGUGAUGAGAAAGUCAAUUUAGCGACUCCUCAUUAACAACUGAUAAACUCAUUCAUCUAUAAAGGCCUCUGGAAAUUUCCCAAGAUAUAUGUUUAUAUUCUGUACUGUGUCUGCAAUUUUGGGAACUGAAUUCUUGGAAUCUUGCCGAAAAAACACAGAUAUAGAAGAUACAGAGCCAGGGGAGACCUGAAAACACAGACUUUUUGCCUGAAAAAAUGGGCAGAAACAUCAAAUUUGUGAUUGUUUUUGCAGUUUUGGUGGGGAUUUGUGCAGUGGUAGAAAAAGGAGAUGCAGCCACAUAUAUUGUUGGAGACAGUUUGGGGUGGACUAUCCCUCCUGGGGGUGCCAGUGCCUACACCUCCUGGGCUUCACAACAUGUUUUCAGAACUGGAGAUGUUCUAGUGUUCAAUUUUAGCACUGGAAUCCAUGAUGUGGCCAGGGUAACAAAGGCAGCUUUUGAUAAUUGCAGCCCGAGCAAUCCCACCUCCCUAAUAACUGUCGGUCCAGCCAAUGUUACACUCGACUCCCCCGGCGAGGCUCACUUCAUCUGCACAUUCGGUCAGCAUUGUGCCAACGGACAGAAGUUAGCGAUCAAUGUUUCAGCCGCAUCAUCUCCGGCGCCUAGUCCAACUCCGCCAGCACCGGCACCAGCUCCCGGAAUCACUCCACCUGCAGUACCAGUACCAGCACCAGCUCCAAGAAUCUCUCCACCUGGAGUACCAGUACCAGCACCGGCGCCGGCACCAACUCCCAACAUCACUCCUCCAGGCGCGCCAGCACCAGGGCCUACACCGACUGGAGGGACAUCUCCUCCACCAUCACCAGAAUCAACACCGGCUCCACCGCCUGGGGAAGGUGCAACCCCUCCGUCACCACCAGCACCACCGGGUGCAUCGCCCCCGGGAUCCAGUCCACCACCUCCCAACUCCGCCCCAACGAGCACUAUUGCCACUUCUUUCGUCAUAUUUGCAUCGAUCGCCAUUUGGAUCGCUAUUUAGACUUGUCGUAUGUAGUGUCUUCUUGAUGUUUGCAUUUGUCUGUUGAUUGUGAUAGGACCAUUGUUUGUGGAUUGUGGAAAAUAAACUACUUUGAUUUGUAAUAAAUCCUGGAAUAUCAUUUUAGUAGAAACUUAUAUCUGUCAUCAAAA